UUCUGUAAGCUGUAUGAUCCACUCCCUGUAUUUCACAGUUUCGCACGUGGCUUGUAAAAUAUGAGGAAUUGAUCCCAGAGUUACUUAGCACGAGAUGUAAUGAUACUUGAAUGUUUUCUUUACGCGUGUCAUCUUAAUAUACAGUUUUAUUACAUAUUAUGUCUGGUUCAUUUUUGCUGAAGUGGCAUAUUCGUAAAGAAUAUAUAACCUCGUUAUUGCUUCCAUUGAAAUUUACCCAGCAAUGUCGUUUUAAUCAUUGUCAACCACGGUUAAUUUUUAAAAUGAACGAAGUCUUUUUACGUUAUGAAAAAGGGAAUGACACCUUCGACGUGUCUUUCCGGUAUGUAAACCCAGAUUUAAACGUGGAUCGGCAAUUUAAUUUUACCAGAAAGUCGACUGAAACGAUAUCAAAUUUCUUGAAGAGAAUUAACGCAAAUGUAGGAAAAAUAAUCUCAAACAAACAGGCAAGAAAGCUGAAAAAGAAAGCAAAGGCCGCAAGUGCAGGUAUUGAAGUAGUAUCGCUGCCAGUGGAAGAACAAGAGGUUAAAGCACUAUUUCUUCAAAAUGAUGAACCGAUCAAUGAAGAACUUUCAUGCGAGACAAUUCUACAAAACACUGAAAAUCUGACAUUGGUUGUUGGGAAUAUGAUAUAUUCUAUAAAGUUAAAUGCACCAUGGAUUAGUGAUUUAGCUUUACCUUCAAGUAUGCUUGCUGGAUUUCCAGUUUAUCCAUCAAAACUUGAAUGCAUGCACAUGAAUAAAGAGAAGUCAAUAUUUAUUUGGUCAAAAUCAAAUGUUAUACACCAAGAAAAACAUUCAGGAAAAAUAGUUAAAGAGUGGCAAGAUGUAGGCAAAGGAUUUGUUUAUUUACCAACUACAUCUGAUAUUGGUUAUAAACUGAAGCUUAGCUGUCUACCAAUUAAUGAAAAAUAUUCCGGACCUGUUAUUGAAGCAGAAUCACCCUCGGUGGUUGAAGCUGGACCAGGACAUUGUCCAUUUGAAACACGCCAUGCUUUUACUGCUACUAAACUAUCAGGAAAAAGUUUCAGAAUAGUGUCAUAUAAUAUAUUAGCUGAUACUUAUGCAGAUUCUGACUACUCUAGGGAGUCUUUAUUUCCUUAUUGUCCACCUUAUGCCUUGGCAAUUGAUUACCGAAAACAACUUAUUCUUAAAGAAUUAUUAGGCUAUAAUUCAGAUAUUAUAUGCCUUCAAGAAGUGGAUGCUAAAGUGUAUUCUAUGGACUUGCUUCCAUUUCUUUCUACGUAUAAAUAUGAUGGUGUGUAUAAUAAAAAGGGAUGUCAAGUAUCUGAAGGACUUGCAACAUUAUUUAAUGCAGAGAGGUUUGAAAAUUUAUACUUUGAAUUUACCCUCAUCAGUGAAAAUGUUCAUGUAGAUGUCUUUAAUGAUGUCUGGUCAAAGAUAAAAAAUGACAAAUUCAAAGAGCGCUUCCUGGAGAGAAAUACUACUGUACAGGUAACCGUGCUACAAUCAAAGGAAAAUCCUUCUGAAAUUAUUGUUAUUGGUAAUACCCAUCUCUAUUUCCACCCUGAUGCAGAUCAUAUACGACUGUUACAAGCAUUUUAUGCAUUAAUAUAUACUCGUAGCGUAGCUGAAUCCAUAAAGAAGAAGUACCCAAGUAAGAAUGUUAGCAUCAUUCUGUGUGGCGAUUUCAACAGUUCACCACAAGAUGGUAUAUACCACCUAAUGACGCAAAAUCAUAUUCCCGAAAAUCAUAAAGAUUGGUGUGCAAAUCCAGAAGAAGCAGUUCAAAGCGUUUCCCUUUCGCACGAUCUUGAACUGGCCAGUGCAUGUGGUACGCCCCAGUACACAAAUUAUACAGUAGAGUUUGCUGAUUGUUUAGAUUACAUAUUUUACCAAACAAACUCUUUAAAAGUGGCUCAGAUUGUUCCAAUGCCAAGUAUCGAAGAGCUUCAACUACAUUCUGCACUACCAUCAGUAGUGUUUCCUAGUGAUCAUAUUUCAAUUUGUGCUGAUUUAAAGUGGAUUAUAUAGUUGUAAAUUAUAUAGGUAUCACAUUUUUAUAUAUAAAUAGUACAGCGCUUUGUAAUUAAAUGCAAAUAUUAAUGGAAGCAUUCUAUUAUGUACCAUAGCUACAUAAAUAUUAAAAUACUUAUAUGAUGUACUAGACUUUUGUAUCUAAUUUAUUUACUCUGAUGUGUACACGUAAAAUCAUUCUGUGUGAAUAUUAUACAUUUGUAUGUAAAUCAGUGUUUCUAAAUGAAGUGAUACUGCUGAAAAAGUCGCAAAUUUACUUAUUUUCUUUUCCUACUACAAAUUCGGUUCAUUUAUUUAAUAUGUAAUAGAGCAUCGACAAAAAGACUUUAAACACAAAUUGUAAGUUGCAGACAUUUAAAAGAAGAGCUGAUUUGUUAAAAGUUAUAGAGAGCAGUAAGCAAUAUUUUACCUUUAACUGCAUCAAGGGUUCAAAUCUUAGUUGUCAAACUAGUCCGUUUAAAAUUUAUAAAAUUUUAAGCAGGCUAGUCAAAUGGAAGCGGAACUCAUACAACCGUGUUAGAAACUUCCAGUUAAUGCAGAUGUUUGGUACUAGUUUCUAGGUACAUGGAACAAACUCUAAACGGAUGUAAC